AUGUCUCUACCAAAAUACUUCAUCUCUUCAUUCCUUCCACACAAACACACUCGCGAAUAUUAUUCGUUUACCUUCUUUUCCCGAUACAUUCAAUCCCUUAUCCUCUCAUCAUCAUUUGUCUUUCUCGUCAUUCUUCUCCAACUCUAUCAACCCAUCCUUUCACAAUGUAAUUCCAACCUAAUUUCCAACACUUUCACUCCAUCUCUGCCUUUCGGUAAAUUUUAUGAUAUUUGUCCCGUGGGUUAUGCGAACAACAAUGGAAAAUGUGAAACGUUCGAAUCGGUGUGGAAUUCCAAACUCGGCUCUAGUUGCAAUGUCACUUCAGAUUGUAAAUUUACCUCAAUGUCAUGUGUCAAGAAAAAGUGUAUUGCCAUGGGAAGAAUGAUUGGAGAUUCAUGUGUCGACGCUUCUCAAUGUGUCGUGAAUGUUUUAGACAUGUAUGAUACUGCCACUUGUUAUCAAUCAAAAUGCAAACUGGCAAUUAAAAAGAAGAAAGCAGGAAUUGGCCAAGCCUGUAACACCGUAUCAGAAAAUGAUGAUGCAGUUGUAACUUGUGACGAUGGUGUUUGUCCUCCAAAAUUGACUCCUGACAUGGAACAAAAAUGUGUGAAAAUCUCAACGGCCAGAAAAGGAGAAACAUGUGGAUUCAAUGUGACCUUUUCUCCCACAACCUCUGUUACAGGAAUAGUCAUUUGUGAAACCGGUACCAUUUGUUCAGAGAAAAUCUUAAACGGAAAAUGCAAAACUCAAGUGAAAAGAUAUCAAAAAUGUGAUCCCAAAUCCAAUGACCAAAUGUGCUAUGGAAAUUUAGUGUGUCGAAAGAGGACAGCCGAUUCGAUCGAUCACACCUGUGAAUAUCGUUCAAAUAUUGGAGAAUAUUGCGAAGAAGACAAAGAUUGUGCCUUCACUAACACUCAAAUGGUUUCGUGUGAAAAUUCCAAAUGCAUUCGAGCUCGAUAUUUAGCCAAUGGGCAACCCUGCACCAAUCACACCCAAUGUUACAGUUCAUUCUGUGAUCCCUCUUCAAAACUUUGUUCAGGUUUUGCCAGUAAGCGAUAUAUUUGCAACACCAAAGCCAACAGCUGCAACUCAAUUUCCUCACAAGGUUGUGCCUGUGGUGGUAAAGAACUUUCCACCAAUUCUUCUGGACUCUGUGUGGCCUCCUGCACUGGAGCAUUCAAUGACUUACAUGCAUGUCUCUACAAUUUAGGUCUCGUUUAUUAUUUCAAUAUUUUACCAUUGCCUCAAUAUUUGGGUUUCACACAAUUUGCAGAUGAAGAAUCCUCUGCAUUUCGAUUGUGUCGUUCCUAUUACAACAAAUUCUAUUCAUGUAUGAAAAAGACUUGGAUCGAUGCUGGAAUUUCAGCGAAUGGAGGUUCCAUUCCAGGAGUCACAUUGGAUGCUGGUUUGGAUGAUGGUCAAAAUGUGGUCAUGCCAUUCCGAAAUGCAGCACCUUCUUUAUGGAAUGGAAGAGGUAGUUUUGUGGUACAAAUUUGGAUCAUGACGAUGAGUGUGUGGUUCUUGUUGUUGGUAGUUUUGAAUUUGUAA